AUGGCUGACGAGUUUGUUCCUGAAAUUGCUUUCAGUGACUAUGAAGAUCAAAAAAGAAUAAACGUUUUAAAAGCAAAAUUUUUUGAAAUCUUCUCAUCCGAUCCAGAGUAUUAUUGUCGAGCUCCAGGACGUGUCAAUCUGAUUGGGGAGCACAUUGAUUAUUGUGGCUAUGGUGUUCUUCCAAUGGCAAUUGAUCAGGAUAUAUUGAUAGCUGCAUCCAAAAAUGGCAGCAGUAAACUCAAACUCUAUAACCUCAAUGACAAAUAUGGCGCGCAAGAAGUAGAGUGCUCAUCAUUUGAGAUAGACAAAGCAUCUCCUAAAUGGUACCACUAUUUUCUCUGUGGCUACAAGGGUGUCAUAGAAAAAUUAAAUGCAAAAAAAAAUUGCAAACUGUUUGGGCUGAAUGUGUUGGUGGAUGGUUCAGUGCCUCCAUGUGCUGGUCUGUCCAGUUCCAGUGCCCUUGUGUGUGCUUCUAGUCUGGCCACUAUGAUGCCAAGUGGCUGCAAGUUCACCAAGUUGGAGAUGGCUGAGUUGUGUCAGCAUUGUGAGAAGUACAUAGGAACUGAAGGUGGUGGCAUGGAUCAGUCAAUAUCAUUCCUUGCUCAGAAGGGAAAGGCAAAGUAUGUGGAGUUCAAUCCAAUCCGAGGUACAGACGUUCAAAUACCGCUUGGUGGUUCAUUCGUCAUUGCAAACUGCUGUGUGGAAAUGAACAAGGCAGCUACUGACCACUUUAACAUCAGAGUUGCCGAGUGCAGAUUGGCUGCCCAGGUUCUAGCCAAUCAAAUUAAUCUAAAUUGGAGGGAUGUGAAACGAUUGGUUGAUGUUCAGAAUCUUCUCAACCUGUCAUUGGAAAAAUGUUUGAAACUUGUGGAAAGACACUUCCACAUCACUGAAUAUUCCAAGGAAGAGAUUUGUGCUGCACUAAGAGUUACUGAACAAGAGUUGGAUGAAAUAUCGUUGGGACCUAGAUCAAGGCACGUGAAAACAUUCAAGUUGCGCCAGAGAGCUGAGCAUGUAUACAGUGAAUCCCUUCGUGUCUUGAACUUCAAAGACGUCUGCAACAAAUUUUCUUCCUCAUUAUCUGGAAACACAAAAGAUUCAGAAGGGGAUGUCCAGAUUGACGCUUCAGCAACGUUGAAACGGUUGGGCGACCUGAUGAAUUUGAGUCACAGAAGCUGUAGGGAUGAUUACGAGUGCAGCUGCAAAGAACUGGACGACCUGGUUCAUCACUCCACUUCCAGUGGUUCCCUGGGUUGUCGUCUGACAGGGGCGGGUUGGGGCGGCUGUUGUGUUUCUCUAGUUGAAGAUGACCAGCUGGAUGACUUCAUUGCGAAAAUGAAGAAUUAUUAUAAGCAGAAGGGAUUUUCAGACUCUGUCAUCGAGAUGUCGUUGUUUGUGUCAAAUCCUGGCCAAGGAGCUGCUAUCAUUUUGAAUAAGUAA